CUUACCUUCUUGUGUGCAGGUGAGCGUCCGUUUAAGUGCGAGAGCUGUAACUACCUGGCAGCCAACCAGCACGAGGUGACACGCCAUGCCCGGCAGGUCCACAACGGCCCCAAACCUCUCUCCUGCCCCUACUGCGAGUACAAGACCGCUGACCGCAGCAACUUCAAGAAGCACGUGGAGCUCCACCUCAACCCUCGUCAGUUCCUCUGCCCUCUCUGCAAGUACGCCGCCUCCAAGAAGUGCAACCUGCAGUACCACAUCAAGUCCAGGCACUCCGGCUGCAACGUCGCCGUGGACAUCUCCAAGGUCAAACUGCGCGUUAAAAAACCAGGUGCCGAGGAGACCUCCAGAGCAAACAAGUUUGACAAUUCAUCCAGUGUUGAGGAGGACUUCGACAUGGACGAGGAUGACGGGGACGAGGACGGGAGUGUGGAGUCGAGCCCGAUCAAUCUGUCAAUCAGAAAAAGCAGCCGACCCGGCAUCGGGCAACUGGUGCAGAGUGACGCAGCGGACAAGAAGAAAUCCAACGUCACUUCUGAGAAACUCCAAAAAGCGAAGGACAAGGUGGAACCAGAGAAAAAGGUCACAACCAGACAGAAGAAGAUCGAGAAGGUCAACGAGACUCUUCUGGAGGACAAAUCUGUUAAAGAAACCCAGAUGGACACAACAACAGCUGCUGGAAAUACAGACAACAAGACAAAGAGACGAGUCAAGAAGCUGCAGACAGAGAAAGCGACUGCCCACAAUCCAGCCGAAGAAACGGUAUCAGAAAAAGACCAAACACAGAAACCUGACCAGCAGAGAUCGGAGGAGGUAGCGAGGCCCGACAAGGAGAAAGAUCGUCAGAAGAAUGACAGCAGUGCAAAAGAGAACAAAAGCCUCAACAAGCCAAGGAAGUCUGGAUCAAAGAAGUCAGAAAAAAUCCCAGAAGAAGCUCAGCAGAAACCCGACAGUCCUGAGAAACCUCAAAAGGAGAAGGCAGUGAAGGAAAAGGCUGCAAAGAGGAAGGCAGUGGAGGCUCUCGAUCUUUCCAAAAUGUCCUCGUCUGAGACUCCGGCCAAGUCCAGACGGCUGAAAGCAGCAGAGAAACCGGUUCCAGAAGAUGCUAAGAAGAUAAAUGAUGCCCCUCCUGCAACGCAGAAGACUCCUGUGAAGCAGAAGAAGACCAGGAACACCAGCAAGAAAUCCCCAGUCCUCCAACAAACUGUGGAUCCACGUAAAGAUGAGACUAACAGUCCGUCCACAGAGGCCCCUGAAGCUUCUGCUCAGCCGGACAACCCAACACAAACCACAGACCACAGUCCCGCACAGAAAAACGCCUCCACAGGUGAGACAGCUUCAACGGUACCAAACAAACCCCCAGAGAAGAUGGAGGUUGCACCCACCUGCAGCUCAGGUGAGGACACACCUUCUCCAGCUGAGAACCGCCCCGCUCCCACCUUCCUUAAACCCACAUCACCGCCGUCUCUGGUGCUUCCGGGCCAGCGGAGCAAACCCGCCGAUCCGGAGGACGACGAGGGCAUCCACAGCAGCCACGAAGGGGGCAGCGACAUCAGCGACAGCGCCUCAGAGGGCAGUGACGACUCCGGCCUCAACGGCAACGGCGCCGGGUCGGGCAAGAUGGCCAAUGACCCCGAAACGCCAACCGAGGAGAUCCCGACCCCAACGGAGCUCAAGAGUCACAUGUGCAUCUUCUGCGACCGUACGUUUCCUCUGGAAGUAGAGUACCGCCGCCACCUUAACCGCCAUCUUGUUAACGUCUACUACAUGGACACCGCCAAAGGACAGAAGUGAGGGUCAGUAACCAUGGCAACGCAUUCUGCAUGGACAGUUUGUUGUGAAGAUAUCAGUUUGUCCCAGUUAGCUUUCCGUUCUUGGUGUCUGUCUUUUAAAACACAGUUCUAUAAACUCACUGUAGGCCUCAUUAAAAGGGUCCAAGCACCAGCACCGUCCCCAAACCCAGUUUUAACAACUCUGUUGUGUCGGGUCAGAGACCAAACUGGGGUCCAAAUAGUCUCUGGAACCUGUUUGUUAGAAACCAGCAUUUUGGUCUCUCUACAGCUGUACAACUUACCCCUUUAAAUGAUAUUAAGGAUUAAAAUUUGGCAGAAUUAAGGGCGUGGCCUCUGAGCUUCACAGCGGCUCUUCAGAAACCGACACUACGGACAUAUUUCCGUGUGUGCUUUCUGUGGUCUCGUGCUGCCAUCAAGUGUCCCUCCAGAGAACAGACUCUGGUUCGGGGUUGUGUUGGGUUCUUGGACCCUAGUUUCUGGUUCACUGUAGACCUUUACCCCCAAAUCAGCUCUGGUUCUUGAACUGGUUACUCUCUAUAUACUCUCAACCUUGGUUCUGAUGAACCAGCCCGAGUUCUCACCAGUUCAGUGGAACCGCUGUAAUCAGAUGUAUCACCAGCAGAGGGCGCUGCACAGCGACCUGCAGAAUAAGGCACACCCACUUUGGUUCCAGCUGGGAACCAACUUUACAGGUUCUGAACACUUGGUGCUUGAACUGGAACUGAGAACGUUCCCUGCUGGUGGAGAAGACCUGUCGUACCCUCAAAGUCUGUGACGCAGUUUAGCUCUGUGAUCCACGUCUUCUAAAUCAAGAGCAUUUCAGAAGUAGAUCAUCCUCUGAUGGUCCUCGGAGCGCCCUCGGAGCGUCUUCCUGUCCGACGCUGACUCGAGGGUUCUCUAGAACUCUGAUGUCUGUGUGUUGGAGUGGACGCUCGUAGGUGGAUGUUCAUUAUCACAUGAUCAUGUUAACACAGAAAACACAAACAACAAUAUUGUAAAAUCCUUCAGUGCCUUUGACAAUCAGUCUGUACAGAAACACUUUGUUAGGUUUUAGGUUGACGUUGGAGACGAGGGAGACGGUGUGAACGCUGAGCUCUGAUUGGUUAACGGCGAGGUCAGAGGUGAAGUCUGUAAAUAAUUGUGUGCAAUAUUCCUUUAGUUGAGAAGCCAAAGUGAACUGUUGUUGUUUGUGUGUAAAGAACAUUUUCAGUUUAUGAGACAUCGUCAGACUUUAGAUGAAUUAUCUUUAACGGCAGUGUAAUGUAUUACUGUGUGUAUCUAAUUACUCUGCUCUCAUACAUUAAAGGAUAAAUCUGGUUUUAUCUUUUUAUUUCCAUCACGACUUCCUGUGUUCACUGAUUCAUUAAUGAAUCAUUACGGUCCAAAGAAAACAAUGAAUUUAUAUUUUACAGAUAUGAUGUCUGAAUAUUAAACAGCAUUGUGAUGUCAAUAAGGAUCAAUAAUACCGUCUUUUCCCUUUAAAGGAGAGUUAUUAUUCUGUUUGCUGUUACUAAUGAAACAUAGAAAUAUAACAAUUGUUUAUCAUUAACAAACAGUAUCAUUCUGUCUUCUGCUCUUUUUAAAUAAAGAUUGUCCCAAUCAACAAUCAA